GGCUAACUGCUGACCCAUACCACUGCGUCUCUCGGUGGGCAGAAAAGACACCUGUAAGAAGUGGGAGCAUUUUGCUAUGUUAACCGCCUAUAAUGGCGGUGCGCUGGUGGAUAAUUCCCAUGCUUCUUCUGGUUCCCGUCUCCAGUGGCGCUUGGGAGGUCUUAUCCCUGCCAUUCAGUUUAUACAACUUCUACGAGUGUGGCUUCAAAGUUGACAUAGAGGCACUGGACUGUGACCUUGCACGCAAUGUUUUUGGCCAGCAUUUAGCCCAGGAGCUUCUCUUUAAAUCUGUGAAAGAAUUUAUAGAAAGUGAUAACCCCAGCAAGCCCUUGGUAUUGUCCCUCCAUGGCUGGAGUGGGACGGGGAAAACGUUUGUGAGCUCUCUUCUAGUGAAACAUCUUUUCAAGGAAGGAAGCCAGAGCCGCUUUGUACACUUCUUCUCUCCAGUCCUACAUUUUCCUCGUGUCCAGAAUUUAGAGCAGUACAAGGUGGAUCUUAAAGGGUGGAUCCAGGGAAACCUAACUGCAUGUGGCCGUUCUCUUUUUGUAUUUGAGGAGAUGGAUAAAAUGCACCCUGGCUUGAUUGAUGCCAUUGUUCCUUUCCUCGGCACAUCUUGGGUAGUUUAUGGCUCAAACUACAGGAAAGCAAUCUUCCUCUUCAUAAGCAAUGCUGGGGGAGACGAUAUUAAUGAAGUUGCUCUAGACUUCUGGAGACAGCGAAAGGACAGGGAAGAUAUUCGGCUGCAUCAUCUAGAAUCCGCUAUUUCUAAAGCUGUGUUUUCCAAUCCUAAACAUGGCUUCUGGCAGUCCCAGAUCAUCAAUCAGCAUCUCAUAGAUGUGAUAGUGCCAUUUUUGCCAUUGAGACCAAGCCAUGUGCGACAGUGUGUACGGACUGAGAUGGUGCAGCAAGGACUGGAACCUGAAGAGGUGCUUGUUAACAAUAUAACAGACAGCUUUGUUUAUUUCCCAGAAGAUGAAAAGGUUUUCUCAUCCACAGGCUGCAAAACUGUUGCUUCCCGGAUAAAUUAUUUUGUGUGAUCUAUCUAAGAAGUGCCUGGAAAUAGUCCAUCUUAAAUCAAGCCAUGCAGUUAUAAAGAAGAUACCAAAAAUCUCCCAUGGUAUAGCCUAGAAGUUAUCUCUGCCUCCAAGAAUAUCACUUUAUUGUUAAUAUGUAUUUAAAUUAUACAGCACUUGAAAAUGACAUCACUGUACUACUGUCUUCCAUCCAAGGAACAAACAAAAUGUUAUAUCAUCCCAGUAGUCCAUUUAUUUAAGGGGAGGAGAAUGAUAGCCUAGACCUGCUGUAUAAAUGUGUAUUUGUACUAAGCAGUAAACUGGAUUUCAUAGUUUAGAUUAAAAAAAGUUGAACCUGCCAAACUUCAAUUCCAUUAUUUCAUCAGCAUUUAGAGAUAUCGAUAAAUUGAAUUUGGUAACUGCAGGGCAUAAAUUUAUUUUAUAUACUUUGCAGAUACAUAGUGAAAACGUUAACGUGACCCAACGAAGACAACUCUUUUAAAGACUGAAUUUAUUUUAAAUAUAUUUAUUAUAAAAUAAUGUGUUUAAUUACUAUGACACUUCUAAAGCUGGACCUGCACUGAGAAUAAGCCAUUCUGCUUAAUGAUGUGUAUCUUGAGUUAGGGGCAGAUUUAUUAAGGGUCGAAUAGUAAAUUUGAAUAUUCAUUGUUUAUAAAUAGUUUUUUCGUGUCAAAAUCCACACAUUAGAAUUUUAAUCCCCAAUUCAAAUGUAAAUUAAAAUUUGAGAUUUAUCACACUUCGAACAUGGAAACAGUUCUAAUUUGAAUAUUUGCCACCAGCUGAGUUAAUUUACAAGUCAAUGGCAGAGGUCUAUUGAAACAUUUGAAUAUGUGAAUUGCCUUCCUGACAUUCGAGUUUUUUUUUUUCAACGUAAACUCGAUCUGAUUCAAAUUAGAUUACAAUUUUCAGGACUAUUCGAUCAAAUAUUAGAAGUAUUUUCUAAAAAAAUAAAUAAAUAAAUUUUGAAAAUCAACCUUUGAUACAUAUGCCCAUUAAUGUUGGCAUUGGUGGUUUCCACUUCCAGUUUUUUAAUAGUGAAAUGCAGCUGUCAGACGUAGACACAAGUGACAAGAACUCUAUUCCAUAUUUUGCACAAUAAACUUGUUUUACAUGUGAAA